AUGCAACCAGAGCCAUCUUGGCUUUGUGUGCUUCAGAGGUUUGGAGACUCCCAGUCCGUCACGUGUGCCAAUUUAACAAAUGGUGGAAAAUCGGAACUUCUGAAGUCGGGAAGCAGCAAAUCCACACUAAAGCACAUAUGGACAGAAAGUAGCAAAGACUUGUCUAUCAGUCGGCUCCUCUCACAGACUUUCCGUGGUAAAGAAAAUGACACAGAUUUGGACCUGCGCUAUGACACCCCAGAACCUUACUCUGAGCAAGACCUCUGGGACUGGCUGAGGAACUCCACAGACCUUCAAGAGCCUCGGCCCAGGGCCAAAAGACGGCCCAUUGUUAAGACCGGCAAGUUUAAGAAGAUGUUUGGAUGGGGUGAUUUUCAUUCCAACAUCAAAACAGUGAAGCUAAACCUGUUGAUAACUGGGAAAAUUGUAGAUCACGGCAACGGGACGUUUAGUGUUUAUUUCAGGCAUAAUUCCACUGGUCAAGGGAAUGUAUCUGUCAGCUUGGUGCCCCCGACAAAAAUCGUGGAAUUCGACUUGGCACAACAAACCGUGAUUGAUGCCAAAGAUUCCAAGUCCUUCAACUGUCGCAUUGAAUAUGAAAAGGUUGACAAGGCUACCAAGAACACACUCUGCAACUAUGACCCUUCAAAAACCUGUUACCAGGAGCAGACCCAAAGUCAUGUGUCCUGGCUCUGCUCCAAGCCCUUCAAGGUGAUCUGCAUUUACAUUUCCUUUUAUAGUACGGACUAUAAACUAGUACAGAAAGUAUGCCCCGACUACAACUACCACAGUGACACACCUUACUUCCCCUCAGGAUGA